AAGAGCCAGCUCCGACUUUCUUUAAUUUCUUGUUUCGUAUCCACUAGCUACAUCUGUUGCCAAGUUAAUUUCAGUCCUAAUGGGGUUUCAUCUCCCACUCAUCUUUGCUAUUCUCAGUCUAGCAGCAGUGGGAAACCAUGCUGCUCAACCAGCACCUCAACUUUACUGGAACUCCGUCCUGCCAAACACACAGAUGCCAAGAUCUAUCAGUGUACUUCUGCAUCCUGACUCCACAAAUGAAGAAAAGAGCACAUAUAUGAAUGCUGUUGGGAAUGGAAAGGGCAAACCUGAAAUUUUCCCAUUGGGCAUUAGACGUUACGUUCAAAAACGGUAUGGAGGGGGCAUUAGACGUUACAAUCAAGAACGGUAUGGAAAAGGUCCUCCUCCAUCUGACAAUCAACUACUCCAUUAUAAAGACUUGGCUAUUUUCUUCUUCGAGAAGGACAUGCGCCCUGGCGCAACAAUGAAGUUCCAAUUCCCUAGAAAUUCAAACACGGCUACUUUCCUGCCACGCGAAAGUGCUCAAUCGAUCCCCUUCUCCUCUAACAAACUAUCAGAAAUUUUCAACCAUUUUUCAGUGAAGCCAACAUCUGUGGAAGCCAAAACAAUUAAGCAAACAAUCCAAGAGUGUGAAGCUCCAGGCCUUAAGGGAGAGGAAAAAUAUUGCGCCACAUCUUUAGAAUCAAUGGUUGAUUUUAGCACUUCGAAGCUUGGAACAAGAAACGUUGAAGCAAUCUCGACGGAGGUAUUGGAAAGAGGAGCCACCAUGUCCAUGCACAACUAUACAACAAUGCCGGGACUGAAGAAGUUGGCAGGUGACAAAGUCGUUGUGUGUCAUAAGGAGAACUAUCCCUAUGCUGUGUUUUUCUGCCAUGCAAUAAAACAAACAGCAGCAUAUGUUCUCUCCCUGAAAGGCGAUGAUGGGGAGAAGGUUAAAGCAGUAACCAUCUGCCAUCUAGACACAUCAGAAUGGAACCCAGAGCAUUUGUCCUUCCAAAUCCUCAACGUUAAGCCCGGAACAAUUCCCAUCUGCCAUUUCAUUUCCACUGAUGGUAUUGUCUGGGUUCCAAAACACAAAUCUGCAUGAUCAUCACUUAGCACUGUACGUAUAAUAAGCUUGGUUGGGUUGCACCCUAGGCCUGUAUAAUUAACUCCCUACUUAUUUCUGCCU